AUAUGAAACGCAUGAAAACGGAAAAAAUCUAGUUCUUGUUGAAGCGUUGCUAAGUCAAAACCUAACUUUGCUUCUUAAUUGUGACGGUGUAAAGCCUUUUUCGAAAAUGGUUAUAGACGAUUUGAAGUUAAUUCGUGAAGUAAAAAUACGGCCAUAUUUCUAUGUGAAGGGUUUAACUGGCUAUCGAAAUUCGACGCUACGCAAAAGAGGUUGGGAACAGAUUGGCGGCAUUUUCGAAACAACGGGCGAAGAAUGUUGCACACGUUGGCGUGUUAUAAGAGACCGUUACGUAAAAUUGAUUGCCAAAAAAGGUGCUAACAAACCCUUAACGGGUUACGAUAAAAACUGGACACUUUACAAGCACUUGGGCUUUCUAAAAGCGCACAUAAAACCUAGAACUUAUAAGUUCAAGCAGAGCGCACCUAACAACGAAACGGAACAAGAAGUUGACGAGCACGAGUUUAUACAAAACAUUUCCAACGAAGACACUUUCGAUGAAGAGCUAACCAAAUAUGAAUCCAGCGUGGAGGCUGAGGAAUCGCUUAUGUCCAUACCCGAUAUGGAUUGUAAUGAUGAUUUACCAAUUGAAAUCACCACAGCUGAACCGUACGUGCAAUCCACCGUACCUGACGUAAUGCCGCAAUGUAGCGAUUUUCAAGAUAAAUUUUCAGCUUUUACAAAGAGAGUGGAAUUCUUGCUGAAACAGCGGCAGACAAAUGCGUCGGAUGAUAAAAAUGAAGCUUUCUAUCGCAUGAUCGGCGUUAAGCUGGCCGAAUUGCCGGAAGAUGAGCAGGAAGAUGCCAAAUUGCACAUCAUCUCACACGUUUUCGAAAGGGUGAAAACGUAUAAACAAAAAACACGCUCGCUUAGUAGUACGCAUAAUUAGCCGCUAAAAUGUAAUGUAGGAAUUUCAAGUUUUUUUGUUUCGUUUUAAAACUUUUUAUGAUAAAAUAAAGACUGUUUGUAAAAGUGAAACUGCAUAUAGAGCGUUGUUGCAAGUUUAA